AUGACAAUAAAGUAUCUCUGGGUAUUUCCGACCUUAACUUUCGUAUUCAGCACGCUGGCUUUCAUAAUUUCGACAUGUUUGGCUCACAACAAUGACCACGUCGGAGACAUUCCUUUUAUAAGUGACACAGGAGCCCAGCCGCCUGAAAGUUGCUAUUUUGGACUCUUCCUUAUACUAUCCGCUAUCUGCAUGGGAAUUUCAAUGUACCUCAGGCAUAGAGAGAUAAUGGAUUAUAAUUUCCAUGAGAGUGGUGAGCAUCCUUGGUGGAACAUAUCUUCGAGGAUAUUUUUGUUCAUGGGCUACAUUUCCGUAUUCGGACUCAUUCUUGUUGCUACCUUCCAGGAAACCAUUGUAAUUUUUGUACAUUACUUCGGAGCGUUCCUCGUCUUCACAUGUGGCGUGAUUUAUCUAUUUUCGCAAACUAUUUUCAGCUAUUACAUGCAUCUAGUAACUAAUCGUUAUAUUUUCGUUGCUCGGACAGUUAUAACACUGAUGAUAGUAUUACUGUAUCCCAUAGGCAUUUAUUGUGUGGUUGUUGCUCGCCCACCCGAAGGUGUUCAUGGCGUUCAUAAAUGGACUUCGACAGAAAAGAACUAUGAAGUCCGAAAACUUGCUGCAAUAUGUGAAUGGCUGAUGGCGAUAUCAUUUCAAAUUUACAUUUUGACUCUAGGAAUAGAACUUAAAAGCCUUGAAUGCCAUUGUCCCAAACUAAAAAACCAGAACAGGAGUAUUUCAAGUGUUUCAACGUUCUCAGAAAGUAUGAAUAGCCAAGCUCUCGAGUCUCGAAUCGUAUAA